UACGUACAAGGCACACAACAAGCUGUCAACUGCACCACAGUCUGUGUAUUAACAAGGGUCAAAAUUAAAAUUGUCACGUCCCAUCCCAGUUUCCAGUGUACCUUGUCAUGAAUACCCGCUGGUGCAACCCAUCCAAUGUGCACAACAAAUCCGUCAAAUGUCAAUGUGAAAACUCAAAGCCGCCGUUUUGUAGUGGAGGUUAUGUCUCGCUAUGGUUUGUUUGCGGGUAUAUUACUUUGAAGCUUAACAUUCAAAAUUCACUUUGCACUCGAAACCGGCUAAAGUUGUAAUCAAAAUGAAUCGUUCGUUGCUACAAGAGUCGACCGUAUCCCGUCGCGGGUUAAUUCGAACGGGCUUCCAUGGAACGAAACCUUUCAGCGAAGGACCAAGCAGGAUGGAUUUGGAUCUGUCGCUGACAAUGACUCCCUCAGAAGUUCAUCACCUUCUAGACUAUACAAAUGUAGGCAACGUCGAUGCAUCCUCGGCAGAAAUGAGUCUUCCCCUGGGUACUUCCCUGAUUGACACGGACAGAUUUAAGGGCGCGGAAGAUAGUGCGGUGAAGGAGAAAACUGAAGUCCUGUACUCACAGUUCCUGGAGAUACUCCACAGUCGAACGAAUGAUUCUGAAGUUUUCGAUAUCAUCCAAGAUAUGAUUCAGGCCUGCACGGAUGUUCUGGAUGAAGUGGUGAAGUCUGGGCGGAAAUUAAAUGAAAAGUAUCGCAUGGAAAGUAACGCUUGGCUUCAGCAAGAGCGAAAUACUUGGCGGUUACUAUAUUGCCUUUACAAGGAUCGGCUAACCCUUCAAAAGGAAGAUGUAGACUGCGAUGUGCCUCCCUUGGAUGGAUCUGAAAAGGACGUAGUGACUCAUCUAUAUUCGAACAACGCCAAUCUCCGCGAAUAUCAACUCAUUGUCGACUGGCUAGAGUUAUGUGCACUGGAAACGAACAAAAUUCAAAUCGGGCACUUCACCGAUCGCACAAUCACCUGGGAAAAUACUUUGCUUCAGCUCAAAAACCCCGAGAAAACUGCUUUUGAGAGCAAACGUGCCACCGUCACGAGCCUGGAUCCGGACGCUCCUAUUCGCGAGCGCAAACCACUUCACGAUUUGGAUACGGAGGAUGAAGCACGUCUGUCACAGCAAAUAUUCCUGGAAAUUCGCCAAGGGCGCAUUGAAGAGGCCCAAGCCCUCUGUGAGCACUGCGGUCAACCGUGGCGUGCUGCGAUUCUAGAAGGCUGGCGCCUACAUGAAGACCCGAACUACGAAUCAUCGAAUGUUGUCCAGAAGCUUCCGAUAGAAGGCAAUCCGCGCCGUGAUAUCUGGAAAAAAUGUGCUUGGAUGAUGGCCGACAGUAAAAAAUUUGAUGAUUACACACGAGCAAUAGCCGGUGCUUAUUGCGGGCAUCUUGAAUCCUUGAUUGGUCCUGUGAGCAACACUUGGGAAGAUUUAUUGUGGGCCUACUUGAAAGUACAAAUAGAUAUUCGAGUGGAAAGUGAGAUCCGAACUUGUUGCAUGCGAAACUACCUCCCAUUGCCUGAUAAAUAUUGGAAUGGAAAAAUGUCUCUUGAACAAAUUUUCGAUGAAUUGGCGGCGAAUAAAAACAUUUCAAUUCGUCAGGCUGCCAAAGCGCAAAUGCGUAUCAUUCAAAAAUAUUUGAUUUUGGAUGAUAUCCCGGAAAUGAUGCGUGAAAUUGGGAAAUGGUUGAACGAGAAAAUGCCUGCACCACAUAUGCUCCGUUUCCUUUCUCACGUUGUACUGUUUAUGAAGCAGUUGGGAAAGGAUUGUCAGGAAGAUAUCGCCGAUCGGGUCGUCAAAUCAUACGUAGAGUGUCUAAUUGAGCUUCGCGACCCUCAGCUUGUGGCAUUUUACACCGCCGCUCUGCCAGGAGACAUGCAGAUUUUGCUUUUCUCUCAAUAUCUUGAAACUAUCAAAGAAACUUCAGCCCGAAAAGCUGCUCUAGAGGAAGCACUAACGGGCGGAUUAGAUGUGGAGACCAUCACAACAUACACUGUUGAAACAAUUAGAAACCGACAAGAUGAAGCUCCAGAAAAACAACUGCAAACUGCCAUAUCUCCUGCUGAUGAGGAAAAAAUAUCCGCGCUUGAAUGGCUUACAUUCUACCCGCAACAACGCGGGGAGCUGCUUUGGCAAACAAAUGCAAUGAUACGAACACUAUUGGCAGAGGGGAAAAUCGAGUGUGUGCGAAAGGCAUUCAAAAUGGUGCCUACAGAUUCGAUUUCGCAAACAAUUGCAACUUACGGUUCGAAGGAUAAUUUACCAUGCAAGGAAGAAUGCAGUAUUAAGGAGUAUCUUUGCCAUCAAACUUAUUUGGCUGCAAUUGAUGGCUUUAACGAAUGGACUCAUUUGUAUCACAAUCGACCUAAGCAGCCGCAAAUUGUCAAGGACAGUGCCAACUUUACUGAACGCGUUGCUUCUGAACAUAAGGAACAACAGUACAAGAUUGAAUUGGAUCGAUGGAAGAUGAAUUUGGCAGAGCAAAUGCGGAUUACUCGUGAUUUACUCUUCAACGUUCUUCUAUUCCCGGACAAAGGAUGGCUGGUUGAUCCUGACACAAUGAAAGACGUACAUGACGAUGACUUACCAGCAUGGGAGAAUCGGCUCAUACAAAUGGAAAAUCUACGUAAAGUUUGCAUUCCAGAGAUUGUAUUGCUUCUUCAUAAAGUGUUACACUUAUCUGAAGAUUACAAAGGCUGUCUACGUUUAGCCGAUGAAAUUGCCUCAGAGCAACGUCAAUUAUAUGCUGUCUAUCCAAAACAUAAAUUGGCUGAGACACUUUCAAAAAUUGCAGAAUCUUCUCUGGCAUUAAUGAAUGAAAAAUUGGAUCCUUGGGGUUAUGUACCUACUUCAUAAGCUUAAAAUAAAUUAUCGUUUUUGUAAUGUUGUUUUGUAUUGAAAUAAAAACAAAAUUAAAAAACUGAAAAA